AUGCUCAACCAUCCCACGAACAGACCUGACAGCGACCAGUCCAAGAAGCCGGAUCAAGCGCUGAACAGAGCGUGCGAGGCCUGUCGGACGUCAAAGGUUCGGUGUUUGGCAAACCCAGACCCGGACUCAAAUCAAUGCCAACGAUGCGCGAAAGCUGGCAGGACAUGUGUCUUCGCUGCGCCUGUCAAGAGGCGUCAGCGAAAGAGAACUGAUGUGCGGGUUGCAGAACUAGAGAAAGAGAUCAAGAAGAUGCAGUCUCUCAUAACGGGCAGUAAUCAGUCGCCUUCUGGCGCGAGUGACCACGAAUCCAUGGAUGAGGAAUCAGACGAGAGGAACAUCGGCGCAGAAGAAACAUCCCCUCUAGGCUCUCAGAGACAUGGAAGCACAACGACCGCAACGUCAACAUUCACACAUCAUUGGCCUUCUGCGGGCGCGCCUCCUCAAAAGUCACCAACAGUAGCCCCUGGAAACAACUGUGGCCCCAAAGACUUGCUCGGCCCUGUUGAUGACAUCAUUGAUCGUGGCGUGAUCACCCAAGAGCUUGCAGAAGAGUUACUCAGCAUAUGGCGCAACGAAUUGGUCGCAGCAAGCCCAGGCAUAUACAUCGCCAAAGACUGGACAGCGGCACAGCUCAGAGAGAAGAAGCCGUCUCUGUUCUAUGCCGUUAUGGCGGCAGCAGCGCAUUCGAAAGGCUCGGCGCUCUCGGAUGUACUCCACGAAGAAGCAGUGUAUCUGUACGCGCGAACUGCCUUCAUCAAUGGAGAGAAGUCUGUGCAGACCAUCCAAGCACUUCUUGUUACAGUAGCAUUCUACUCGCCACCGAAGACCCCAGGACAGCUACAGAUCUACCAGUGGGUGAACAUGGCGGCCAGUAUGGCACUAGAGCUGGGGCUUGCAUCGAAGCCACGAACGCACGAGCAACUGCCGAAACGAGCGAUUCGGUCUCUUCAAAAGAUAUCUUCUCCUGAAGAGCUACUCGAGCACUGUCGCACGGUUUUGUACUUGUACGUUGUGUGUGCAGGUUUUUCGAUGCGAUUGAAGCGACCCAACAUACUUCUGUUCAACAGUUGGAUGGAGGAGUGCUUGAACAUGCUCGAGAAGUCGCCAUUGCAAGCCGACCAACGAACCUUGGCAUGGCUGAAAUUGCAGCGUAUCGCAGAUGAAGCGAACACAGCCUUCGGUUUCGACGAUGCAAGCACCAGCUUUAGUCUUUCCGAGCUGCGCAUGCAGAUGAUUCUGCGCAUCUUCGAGCGUAGGAUGCAUGAUUGGAAGAAGUCCGUUCCGAAAGAAGUCUUGACGCUGACGCUGACAAUGGAAUACCAUCAAAAUAUGCUCUCGAUGUGGGAGUUUGGCAUGGACGGCGGACGUUACGACGUGACGGAAUUCAGGAACCGACAUCUCACUCUACCUGCGCUCGACGAUGAUUCAGUGCAGCCCGAGUCACUUUUGUCUCGCUCACCACUCCAGAUCAACGCCACCACGAAAUGCAUCAUUGAAGCACACGCCAUACUAGAAUGUUUCGUAGAGAUUCCUAACGACACUCUGCAGAAAGCACCGAACCUCAUAUUCGUCAGGGCCAUAUACGCACUUGUGGUCCUUAUGAAGGCAGACUACGCUGUUGGCACUGAUCCCGAGAUGGGCGAGAUCCUUGACUCGCAGAGCCUGAAAGUCGACCAUUACCUUCAAACCGUCGUCAGGAAGACAUCAGAAGCCAUCGGGCCCCAGAAGUGCCGCAUGCCGAGUCACUGGACGUUCAUCCUGGAGACGAAGCUGAUAUGCUGGCGCGAAGAGUACCUGGAGUGGCGGCGCGAAGAGCGGCAUCUCAAGCGGAGAAAGGCCAGGGAUGCAAGUGCAACCAACACAAGCGGGGCCCGAUCUCCCGUCCACUUCGGAGACGGAAGAGGUCGAAAGCCACAACAGGAGACUGCUCCGCCGACGCAGUCCGUGUCAGCUCUUGAGCGACACCUCUCGCAACCGCCACAGCCGCCGCCACAGCCGGGCUCGAACCUGAACAUUGCCAAUCUGUACGCGUGGGCGCCUGGCGGCCUGCCGCAAGCCGCGAAUCCGCCCAUGGGCGAGCAAUCGACCUUUUCUCCUCCCGCCAUGGGCGACUUCUCCGCCGCCUUCCAAAACGGCGAUCUGUACCUGUGGAACGACAUCAACGACAACUUUGGCGGCUGGAUUCCGCAGGGCGGCAGCCUGUACACGGACACGGGCUUUGGGCCGCUGAACGGCCAGGGCUAUUGA